AUGGAUGAAUCUAAACCUCUCCGAUAUGUCGAUAUUGGUAUCAACUUGAGUGAUCCCGUUUUCCGCGGUGAAUACCAUGGAAAGCAGGCCCAUGAAGACGAUCUCGAUGACGUUGUGCAGCGUGCUCGCGAUGUAGGCUGCUCAAAGUUCAUGGUAACCGGCUCAGAUCUUAUAGAAUCGAAGCAUGCUGUCCAUAUCGCCAGCAAAUACCCGGGAUUUUGUUAUGCAACCGUUGGUGUACAUCCAUGUCAAGCAAAGCUCUUUGACGAAUACCCUGACGGUCCCUCAAAAAUGCUGGAGGAGCUCCGCGCUCUCGCAAUUGAAUCCACACAAUCCGGCCACGCCGUCGCAUUCGGCGAAAUCGGCCUUGAUUAUGACCGACUAUUCCUGAGCCCCAAGGAGCCACAGCUCAAAUAUUUCGAGGCCCAACUAGACCUGGCCGUUGAGAUUCAACUCCCUUUAUUCCUCCACUCCAGAGCUGCAAGCGAGGACUUUGAGAGACUCCUCGCCCCAAGGCUUGCCAAGCUUCCCAAGCGGGGACUUGUGCACAGCUUCACGGGAACAAUGGAUGAAAUGAACCGGAUGAUUGCGCUGGGUCUUGACGUCGGUGUUAACGGGUGCAGUAUGAAGACCGAGGAGAACCUUGAGGUUGUCAAAGCUAUUCCACUCGACCGGCUCCAAAUCGAAACUGAUGGGCCAUGGUGUGAAAUUCGCCCCUCUCAUGCAUCUGCAAAGCACCUGAACGGUGCACCGGAUCUGCCGAAGGCUGUGAAGAAGGAAAAAUGGCAGAAGGGGUGUAUGGUGAAGGGCCGUAAUGAGCCUGUCGCCAUCGCUCGUGUUGCUCAUGUUAUUGCUAGCGUCAAGGGUAUCACUGUGGAGGAAGUCUGCGAAGCUGCGUGGAACAAUUCUAUCAGCAUGUUUGGCUUGGUCUCUCUUCACGGAGAAGCUCCGGAUAGAAACAAAAGGUCUGAGCUUUAUUGGAAGAACUUACGCACUAUUUCCUGGCUGGCCGUCCGACUCUUCCACAUGUCGGGCAAGGGCAAUAAAGUCGCCGACGCACUCUCUAGAUGGCCGACCAGCACAGCACCCAACCCCGGCCGGACCGAGGACGAUUUGGAUUCUAUCAACACUGCGUACGCUAUAGACCCGCCGUGCGCUUUUCUGACCUCAGUCAUCAGCCGCGACGUGAAGCAAAAAAUAGCAACAGUGUGGUCCCGCCAGCAUCGAUCCAUGUUUUUCGGCGGGUAA